AUGAGCUCUGUCUCCCUAUCUCUCUCCCUCUCUCCCUCUCUCCUUCUCUUUCUCUCCUUCUCUCUCUUCUCUCUCUCUCUUCUCUCUCUUCUCUCUCUCUCUCUCUCUCUCUCUCCCUCUCUCUCUCUUCCUCCCUCUCUCUCCCUCUGCUGGUACAAAGUGCACAAUAAGUGCUAUGGGCCUCAUCAAGGUACCGGAGGAUGUGAGGGGGGAGUGAGGACCGAUCAAAUUGUAGCUGGGCAGCCUGCAAUGGAAAACAUGACCAAAGAUGAAGCAAAGGGCCAGCUUGAUAUUGCCAUAACAAGCAAGUUCACGGAGCAAAUGGCAGCGAUCAACACAAAUUCAAGCUUCAAGACCAAAUCUCUCUCUCUCUCUCUCUUGCUCAAGAAGAUCGCGGAUGAGGAGGCGGAGAACCUGCAAACAAACGGCAGUUGA